UGCUAACGAGGAUUCGGGCUAGUACUUACGACGUGGCACUUCGCAACGGAGGUAGGUUUGAAACAAGUAACGUACCCGAAAAGGAAAUCUUAUAUGAUAUCUCCCGUAUAUGUAUAGUUCAGACGUGGUUAUUCAGACUCUAUCAUCUAUCACAUCCAUGGAUUCACCUUGGGAGGAAGACCCACGACCAGAUUAUGCCCCUGAAGCAGACUGGGCAAAACUAUCUAAUCAGUUCACAAACUCAGGGUACCGAGAAGGGAUAGUCGCAGGGAAAGAAUCCGCAAUCCAAGAGGGUUUCGAUAUGGGUUUCGCCGACGUAGGAGUUCCCAUAGGUCGCGAAUUGGGAUCAAUGCGUGGCGUAAUAUCUGCCAUCGCAUCAUUCUUGAGCUCAAAAAGCCGAGAAGAAUCUGCUAUAGCACUCGCAACCGCACGCGAAAUAUCAUCUUCUCUUGCAAGUGUUCGCUUUUCCGAUAUCGCCCCUCCCGAUCAGGAAGCCGAGCAGCAUGCGAGAGAACAUCUUGAUGACGCUCCAAUCGGACAGAGUGAGGAACUUUUGCAGAAGAAAGAGAUGGAGGGGUUAGAAGACAUGCUACAGAGGCUCACCGCUGGAAGUCCAAGUACACCAUCGCAGGGUAGACCAACUAGAGAGGAUGUAGUCCGUUUGAGGGAGGGUAUUAUGACACUCAGUGGUCAACUGGGCUUGGAUAUCAUACCCUAGUUUAGGGUUAGGUCUUAAUUCCGACACGUAGUCUGUACAAACGUCAGCACUGCACUCAACUUGUUUAAAUUUCAGCACGUUUGCCUUUCGUGCCCUCACGAUGUCGGUCCUUCGGCUUGGUCUAUGUAUCCUCGGAGUCUACUCCAUGUUUCUAGUAUGUCAAUUUCGCUACUUCUGACGAAUGACACUUGCUCACUAGCGUUAUGCU